AGUAAGAUUUUUCCAUCCUUUCAGAGUGAGCACAGGAUGCCGCUAGGACUAGCACAUACUCUUUCGUCAUGCUGAUGGACCAGGAGCCAGUGAGCUUAUUUUCCCCAUGGGCUUCAUACGACCUUGGUACCUCCAUACUCAACAAACAGAGUUGCCGUGUAAGAACUGGAACAGUCGACAAGAACAGUGGAAUUGGAGGAGGGGGAGAUGGAGGUGGUGGAGGUGGAAACGGGGCCUUAGGUGGCUUCCGCCUAGUGGAUGCACUCAUAUCUAGUGUUCUUGAUGAGACAGACCAAUUAGGUUUGGCCCAUCUGCAAGAUAAGCCAGAUAACAGAACUUGUGGAAGUAAUCUGAGCCACAGUUCCAGGAGUUUGGGACGUGAUAUUGGAAGUGAUAAUAUUCUAUGGAGUUCAGGAGGCUUAGGCAGGGGAAACCACACAGAUGACUUUUAUCCUCCUCCAGCCCAUCCACACAGUCAAUCGGACUUCAUUAAUUACUUAUAUGAAUCAGCUGUCCAUGAAGAAGAGGCUGGUGUACAAGGGAAUUAUGGAGAGCUUUUUAGAGAACGUGAAUUAAGUGGUAGCUCAAGAGACUCUGGCUAUGGUUCCUUUCUUGGGGUGGGUGGGACAGGUUCCCCUCCAGGGAUGUCCAGUAGCAGCCAGACUCCUCUGUGUGAUGUCCGAAAAGGCCCAAGUGAUUCUCUUGGUCAUCCCUCAAGCAGGGUUGUCAGUCAUGAUUUUGACCAGUUUACUAGUGAGUUGAAUGCAAACAAGAAUUUUCUAGAUAACCUACAGAGACUCAAUCAGUUAAAUGGGUUAAAUGGUGGAAAUUCUGCUGGUUUAUCACUUCUUCCUCCAUUAGGGGAUUUGGAUCCACUUCUCCUUGCAGGCUCUGAUCUCAGUGAUGCUGCAGCCCUGGGGCUUAACCAGCUUUUGCCAUCUGCACGUGAUCUCACCCAUGAUCUCUUACCUCCUUCUUCCACUCCUACAUCAGUUGACCCAUUUUCAAUAUCAUCACUAGGGGUCAAGACAAGUUUAGGAGGUCUAGACGUAAUGUGCGGCCAGUCAUCUACCACCAAUGGCUCUGGUCCACCUGUCCAGUCAACUCAUCAGCCUAAUGGUCUUAGUCAGGCUGAAAAGGGUCAGCAAAUUGUCAAUCUUUUGAAUGGAAUGAAUCUUCAUGAUGGACUGUCACAAGAUACUAUUAACAAUAUUACCAGUCAUCCUCUUGGAGCCCUAGCUGUUUUGUGUACUCCUAAUCUCCCACCUACAAGUGGCCCAAACAAUGUAAAUUUGAAUGGACAUUGUAUCCCACAUCGACCUCAGUCUUCACCAAAGUUUCUGAACUCCCAACCAACUAUCUCAAGUAGUGGUGACAUAUCUCCGAAUGUGCUUCGUAAACCUCGAUCUCAAGAUGAACGCGGCAUUGCCUCUUGUGUAACGUCACAACCUGGGAGUCAGGGGUCUCCAACAGAGUCACGAUCAUCAGACCAGCAUACAGGACCACCAAAGGAAGGCCCAACCCAUUGUGGCCCAGUGGGACCACCACCUAAAGGGCCAUUUUUGGUUCCACCCCCUCCAACAUUCCCACCAACUGAUGGUGUCCCUCCUUGGGAGUUGCUUCCUCCAAUGGGAGAUAUCUUCACUCCACAUGGACCCCCUCCACCUCUCCUUCCACCAAACACAGACAUGAUGCCCCCUUUCACUGACCUUCCUCCUCAUGCUCUUCUUUCAAUCCCCCCUCCCUUAUUGGGUUUCAGGCCAUUCAGGCGUACUGGAGGUAGUGGUGAAUUACACUCCAGGUUAGAGGAGUGCUACGAUCAGUUUCGUCAGCUCGAACGAGAACGAAAGAAAACAGAAGCUGAAUUAGCAAGGUGCUUUCCUGGGAAGCGAGUGUCAUCUGCCAACACAGUCCCUCUUCCACGUCUGCCACCCUCCCCAAGUCGUGUUGAUCGACUCAUCAUUGAUCACUUGCGCGAGCAUGCUAGAGUGGUGACAUUAGUUGGGAAGAUGGAGCGUUUGAGAGGGGCUCCAUUGCAGCCAGGAAUUCAUCGGUCAAUAGUUGCAUGGCAAGAAGCUGUUACUACAGUGCAAGAGCGCAGAAGGGAUGAGGUUGUAAAUGCAAUCACGCAACACCAUAAUCCCCUUCCUAAUGCUCAUCACACUAGUGAACAAGAUCUGCUGGCUCUUGCAGCUGCUAUGGGAGGAUUGGUUACUGCUAGUCGUGGAGCUCGCACAGCAAUGUUUUGUGCCCUGACACUGACUACCCAUUUAAGUGUUGAGCCUUCUUUGGCAACAGCAGCAACACUUCCAUCACAGUUUCUUCCAGGCUCUCAUUCCCCUGGUGGAUCUUCCUCAUCCCCUACACUUAACACUGAACCCUCACGGUCAUCACCUGACGUAGCAGUGUCCUCAUCCUGUACUACCACCCCUUCUAGCUCUACUUGCUCUUCUUCCACUACUACCUCUUCCUCAAUAUCAUCUUCUCCUGCCUCUUCUUCCCCUCCUACUUCAGCCUCAUCAGCAAGUUUUUCAUCAAGCACAACAUCCCUAACUAGUGCCAUGUGUGGUAAGAGUGUUGGUGUUACAUCACCAACAACUGUUAACACUACAACUACACCAGUGGCUUCUGUGAUGAAAGAAACUUCACCUUCACCUAUAGCAGCAGCAUCAGCACCAGGGAGGUUUCUUCCUACGGGAGGGAAGGCUGUGUCAUCAUUAUCGUCCUCUGGGUCGAACCCAGCUUCUGUCUCAGUGGUGAAACCCACCUCCACUACCUCCUCUACCCCCCCUCCAUCACCUGCAGAUAAGUAACUUAUUGUGGUUGAGAGGAGUAAAAGGGUUUCACUAUGAACAAAUUAGGGGAAUUCACAAAUGGAAAGAUAUCCUUAUGCAAUGUAUGUAGGUCUUAAGACGAAUGGAGAAAGUAAUUUGAUGUUUAUCUGAUGAAACAGAAUACACUGAUAUGUUAAGUGGUACGUCAAUCAAAUUAUUUUCAAAUCAAACUGUUAAUAGAAUUCAGGACAUAAUUUAGUAUUGUAAGGAACUGUGUAACAAGAAAGAUUUAAAUAUCUUUUGAACUAGGGUUGCAUAGUUGUCAGGUCAAAUGACUUAAGGAGCAGUUAUAUUAAUUUUUGAAUGGAAUAUGACCAAAGCCUCAUUUUCAUCACCCAGGACCUGCACUUGACACUGUGUGCUUCAAUUAAAAAGGGUAUUCUUAGAAUGUUUUGUAUUCCAUUUGUGAUCUAUUAAAAUCAGAAUAAUGAUAAAUUCAGAGGUUAUUUUGCCAGUGUCUGGCGAGGAUGAUAUUAUCUUUGUGUGUGUUGCUUGAAAUGGAUGGUAUGAUUUUUUUCCCAUGCAAUUCAUUGGUAUUCCGUUGAAAUUUUUUUUAGCAAUGAGGUACUGUACUAUAUUGACUUUCUUGGUCUUGGCAGAUGUCAUUAGAUAUGAUGAUGCUGGCAGUUGAGGGAGCAAUUCCUGUUUGCUACCAAAGACUUGUAUAGCAGUUGGUGGUUACUGUAUGAUUAUUGAUCAACCUUUCAGAAAUACUUUUUGCAGUUAGUGGCCGCUCAACUAGACUGAAUCCCAGUCAUUAAGACAUGUCCAGUGUCUCUUUAAUCUAAUGUCCCUACAUAAUGAAAACUUAGUUCUAAAAUGUUUGAUACUGUAUUUGGUGUCAAAAAAGUGCUUAAAACAUCAAAAGAAAAAUCAUGCCAUUCCAUUAUAGAUGAAAAUAUUUACCUAUUUAGUGUAUAUGUAUGAAUGUGUAUGUAUUUAUAUUAGUAUUUGUAUACAAUUGUGGUAAACAUCCAUAAUGUAUGCAAUUACUCUUAUGAUGUAUAUACAGUAUUUUCAUUCAUAGAUAUGUACCUAAGUACAGACAUCCUCUAACAUACAUAUUUUCCUAUUCACACAAAGUUGUGGUACAUAUGUGUACAUUCAUUGACACACACACAUGCUCACACAGGCACAUAUUUGUAAUAAGUGUUAGGUUCAUGAAUGGGUAGAAGCACAUUUAUGGAGUUAAUUCUUACCCUGAAAAUAGUAUAGUUCUGCCCAGCCUUUCAACAACGGAAUUAAUAGCUAUGAUUAUGGCUUUGUGUUUGUAUAUGCAUAAAAGUAUUGCGUUAAAGUUUUUAGUUAGGUAAUAUGAAUCAAUUUUAUCUGCAAGGAUUAUUCCAAGGUAAUAUGAGAAGAGAAAAAUCUGUCUGGGUAAUAGUUGUACUGUACUUGCUUCAAUAACUGUUUUACCUGGCUCACUCACAUGAGAGUGAUCUUGAUUUUGGGCAAGUUAUCCUACAGUUAAAAGUAUCCAUUCAAGAAGGAACUGCCAGUUUAUGAGUCAUUAUUUAAAAGUAAAUAAGCAUUUUAAACUUUAGUCUUUCAUCUAGUUUAUCAGCUGCUAGGAAAUAUUUUAUUGACAUAUUUUACCAGAUACAAAGUAAUUUGUGCAGAUUUUCUUGUUGGGCUGGGCAGGAGACUCCACCACCCUUUAGGGCACACUGAAACACAUUUAUGGGGACUUCCCGUGGGUCUGUGGACCAGACACACUCAUUAACUGUGGGGGUUUUGGAUGUAAUUGAAAGUUUAGACUUGAUGGUAUGAACUAUUCUAGAAGGGUGUCCACAGACCUGGUAUCUUAUAUAUUUUUAUCACUCAUAUAGUGUAAAGUAUAGUCAACAGGAAGCUUUGGCAGUGUUGCAGCAAUAACUAAGCUCAGAUCAGUCCCAGCAGAUCUCAGCACAUCUCUGAAGUUAAUACUCUUGAUGUAUGUGGACCUUUGAUAACAGCAUCUAAUUUACAGUUGGCCAAUCCAAUUCUAACAAAUAUUGACAUUGGUAUCAAAGUUGAUUAUGAGUGUAUUAUUGCUAAAUUUAUAUAAUCUAGCUGAAUGCGCAAGUGUGAAACCAGUAUAUAGCACUAUAUCUAUUUGUUGGGAGGGGCAAUACAAUUAAUAAUAAGGUUCAUCGGUUUUAUAAUCAAUGAAAAUACUUACAUCAAGAAAUACUCACAUGUAAUGGCUUUGGAGAAAAUACAUUAGUAAGAGUUAUUACUAAUCAGCUCAUUAUAAUGAGAUUCUCAAGGUUGAGAGUGCUGGGGUUCUUGCUGCGGACGAGCAAACUAGGCUUCUUCGGAAAGGGUUGUAGCUUAAACUUACUGUGAUAACUAUUGCAUGGUAAUGUGAUUUCUGUAUUACUAAUUAAUCCUACAAUAAUGGAGCUAAUCUCUGAAAGAGCAACUUAAACAAGGAACAAGUGAGUGCUACUCUUGUAUUUUAAACACCACCUCAUCUUUAUGCAGGAAGAAAAGUAUUGAAUUAAGAAAUUCAUUGCAAUUUUAUUGGUUGAAUAUGCUUUUGGAUGUCCCCAAUGUUGCUUCCUUCAGCCAAUUCAACCAGUGAUAUGGUUGCAUUUCAAGUACAGUACUCAUUAACCCGGUGGUGUGUCAUGAAGAAGCUUGGUGAUCUUAAUGAUAAUUCCUUUCUUAUGUAAACAAAGCAUGCAUUACUCGUGUGCGAUGAAUCAAUAUUAACUGUUGUUCCAUGUGAGAGAACGUGCCAAUUCUACUCUAGCUCCUUUUACGAGUUGAACUGUUCUCUAUUAUAUUAUCAUACCUUUAUGGAUGUCCUCUAUAAUUUUCUGUCUUAAAAUCUUUCAGUUAUUAUACAGUAUAUAUAAAAAUAUAUAUGAAUAUAUAUAAAUAUAUAUUAUUUUAAUUUUUGGCUUUUGGAUGAUCUGAAUUCUAUUGGCUUUGCGGAAAUCGGAAAAGCCAAAGUAGGUUGAUCUUUGUGCUGGUUAUUGAUGUUCUAGUCUAUUACAGGAUGAUUUUCUUCAGAGGAUAUUUUUUUUCUUUUGUAUUCCUCCACACAGUUACUUUACUUGGUGCAAUAAAAUGCCAAUGAACAGAAGCAGGUUGAAUAAAGGAAAAAAAUUUGUAGCACAUCUUGAUAUUGAACUCUCUCUCUCUCUCUCUCUCUCUCUCUCUCUCUCUCUCUCUCUCUCUCUCUCUCUCUCUCUCUCUCUCUUUUGUUGCUCCAAGUAAGCCUGGAGGAUGAACUGUUUAGGUAUUAUUCUUGGAGUAAGCCUUCUUUUAUUUGUUUUAUUUUUAUUUUAUUUUCCCAAGGUUGUUAAUAUAAGUGGAUGCUCUUUUGAUGGGGGUUUAAAUUUUUGAAACUGGAUGCAUUUACCAGCUGUUGUUUUUAUGUGCUUAUACCUCCAUAGUAUUUGGAACUGUUGUCUUUAGUGUAGUAGGUUUUUGUGCCUUUUCAUUCCCUUGAUGAGUUCACAAAAAUGUGAAAAUUUAUUGACCACUACAGGGGAACCUAGACCCAGUUCCUGCUGGUUCAUUGUUGGAUAACUUGCAGCUGAGUCACCACAUGUUAACUUGACAAAAUUGGUUACCAGUCAUGGCAUUAAGGAUGUUGUGAUAAUUAAUUAGUUCAAUCUUGAAAUGGAUACACUUGUGUUGUUACUUGACUUAUGAUUUUUCAAAUUGCAGUUCACUUGAAUGAGCUGCUUUCUAAGUUGCAUGUGGUGUCUAAUGUUGCAUUCUGUGCCUCACCCUAGAAUGAAUUUUUUAAAAUUAUGAAAUGUUGAUGUGCUAAGGUCUAUUCUCUUAAAGGCCAGUUGGUCGUAGUUAUAAGUAAAGUUUUGUACUUUGUUUUUAUUGAUUUAUUUAUUCUAGUAUGAAACUUAGCACAUAUGAUUUAAAAUAAAUUGUUUCUGUGGCAAUGCCUAGUAUUUUGUACAAAGAGAAUAUCAGGUUAUCUACUAUGGUGACUGAUAACCAUAAAUGCUUAGGUAUUUUAUUAUGUAUAGGCUGUUUUAUGCAUAACGUGACACAAUCAGUGAAAGUUUUGAUACUGGUAAUUUUUUUAAGUUGGUUUGCUGGUGCCAACAUUUUCUGUGAUCUGUAGUGGGAUAACUACAAAAUCGCCAAUUUUGGUUUUUGGAAAUCAUUUGUCAUUUUGUCAGGCAUACAUAUAUAUAUGUAUGUGUAUAUAUACAGUACUAUAUAUAUGUGGAAAAGGGAGCAUAAUAUUUAUAUUUAAAAGUGGAGUCAUAGCAUAAAUAAUAUCCCUACAAGCAAAAUUUAGUAAUUUAUCUAGGCAAGUUUAUUUCCAAACUCUAUUUGAUUGUAGUGUUAUAAGUUUGAAGAUAUAGUUGUUGCAAUUCUGUUUUCAGAAUGUGUCUGAAGAUCUACAACUGAAUGUUGAUGAUUGGAAUCCUAAAAUUUGUAAGAUUUAUAGAUGUUCUGUUUAGAUUUUGACACACUCUGGAGCCAAUAUAUAAGGAGCAGUUGUUUUGUAAUCACCACUGAGUCAGGGUCAUUAAGAGACUUAAAUUGUUGAGCUAAAAGUACAUUUGUGAAAGGGUAAGGUAUUGUUUAGCUAAUCCCGGUUACAAUUCAGGCUCUCUAAGUUGGUGGUUACACAAUGACUCCUCUGUAGUUUUAUGGCCGUCUAAUGGGUGGGUGGACCAGCACAAUCUCAGGGUCUUUGUUUGCUCCUUGGAAUCUUGUGCUGCGUGAGUGAUUGUAAUAAUCCAAGUAUAGCGUUGGCAAUAUAUCACAAUUUUUGUUUCGCUAGUGUUAACUGCUAUUUACCUCAAGGUCUUAAAAUUAGCAUUAUAUAUUAAACUUAUGGCCAAGUUCACAGGGCAAUUUGAAGUGCCUCCCUUUGAGAUGCAUCCCUGCUGAUUAUUAUUAUUGUAUUAGUUUUCUGCCUCCUACUCUGUGUCUCUCUCUCCAAGUGGAGUACUAUAUGAAGUAUAUAAAUGAUAUUUAAAAAAAGUAUUUUAACAGUGGUGGAAUUGCACUGUGACUUGACUUUAUGAGCACUGAUUAGUCACUGACGUGUAGAAGUUUUUGAAGAUGUUUCCGAGUAACUAAGUGUUAAGAUUGCUCACAGUUUAUGGGGGGUCGACAUCAAGGGGUUGACGAUAGGUAGUUUCCUCCCUUUUGGUUAAGUAAGGAAGUGUUGCUUUUGCUUUAGAAUACGGAUUGGAAAAUGAAGGGUGUGUUUUCUUUUGUUCAUGAGGGAUUUUAGACUUAAUGAGACACUGCAUCUUUAAUUUUGAUUAUUUAGGUAACUGGUCAAUUGUAGGUUAUUUUAGUAGAAUACUGUAUACCAGCUGCAUGAAAACCAUAUAAUGGAAGAUCUUGAGGUGAUGUUUUUUCCCUACUCCUUUGGUAGAGGGUGCAUGAAUUGCUUAUGAAUGAGUGUUCUUUUGCCAAUUGUGUGCUUGUGAAUCAAUUAAAAUUUUUAUUUUUCAACAUGGUUAUGUUUAAUGAAGACAAGUUAGUUAGUCAACAUGAAAGUUGUCAUCCUAAAAUCUUGCUUUAAAUGCUCUCAGCAGUGCUCAUGAUUACAUAUACAAAUGUUAAAUAAAGUAAAUUUAUAAUUUCCUUUUCUCUUAAAUUCAUUGUGUUUUUUACCUUGCAUUGUUACACUGUAGGAGUUUAUGAUCUUGGAAUUGUUUCUAAUUAAUUGCUUUGUCCUUUCUAUAUUAGACUUGAUUUACAACAGUUAUUUUCAAAGUCAAAGGUAAUGUGAUAAAGAGGAAAUACCAGGAAGGAAGUGCAAGAAAAUGGCAUUGAGAUUUAAUUAUGAAGUUAGGUCAUAGCUAGGAUGUUGGCAAAUCAGUUUUCAUUUUUUCUAUUCAGGUUUUUUAAUAAAAAUUUAGUCUUAGGAGAAUUAAGAGGAAGAUUUCUUUUUGUUUUGAUGUCAGAUGAAAGAGUUAUGGUAGAGUACCAAAUACUAUAGUGUAUACCAUGAGAAUUUUUUUAUUCCUUUUUCUAAGCUCUAGAUAUAUAUCAGUAUUACAGUUAAUAAAAUAAAAGAAUUAAUGCUCAUGAGAAGUUAUCCUUUUGACCAGCCCUGUAAGCAGAGACUUUGUGUUUGUGGGCUGGUUAAACUACAUACCAGUCGGUGAAACAGAGUGGGAAAGGAUGGGACAUUGACUUAGGAAUUGAUUAGGAGUUACUCAAGUAGUUUGCCUUCUGCGUGUGCAAGGACUUUAGAGUUCAAUAUGGUUAACUAGUUGAAUGAAUGCUUGUAAAAUUAAUUGUUCUUAUCCUAAUUAUUAAUUCCUUGUAUGAGCUGAGUGGACUUCUCAUGUACUGUGAUGAUUUUUUAUUUUAAAAGCAAUAGAAAUGAAUUUUGCAAGUGUUGAUGCCUUCCUUGCAAAUUCUUCAUGCAGUGGAAUAUAUUGAUGUAAUGCACAUUGGUGUUUGAAUGUUUGUAUAUUUCUGUGUUUGCGCUUUGAAUAUUAACAGACAAAAGGAGACCAAGGCUUUCUAAUAAGCCAAGUUGAGAAAUUAUAUACUGAAUAUCCCGGACCACACAGUAGUGAGGUUUUUAGGUGACGGCUAUUAGGUGUUAGGUGGGUGAAGCUCAAGCAGUAAAAUUUUGGAUAUGUUCAGGUUUUGCUCAUUAUUAUUAUUAUUAGUUUUGUCUGGUUAAAAUUUUCGUAAAUAGCCAGAUUUACUAGAAGUUAUGAGUGCCCCAUUGUAGUCUGAGGUGAGGAGGGAGAAGCAUAAACUUGGAAAUGUUGGUCCAUUUAUAGAAUUCUUUUCUGAUAGUUUCAUUGAUUGAUAGAAAUAUUGUAUUAGGAAUGGUUAGAGAGUAUAAUUUUUGCUUUGGAAGCCUGGGAAGAUGAGUCAGUUUAUUUUUAGUUGAAGUAUGGCUUUAGAAUUUCUGUUUUCUAACAUAAGGUUCUGACUACUUAUUUCCACUGCUUUUCAUGUAAAACUGUCUUGCGUUUGGUAUGCAGCUAGUAGUAAUUGUGAAUAGUGGCCUGACGCGCUCGCUGAUUUUUAUACGCAUUUGAAGUUUGCCUUUACUGGAUCAGCAUAAAUAGGGUGUAAGGUGUGUUGCUAGUUAUUCUGUAGGGUUCCAGCUCUGUGAAUGCUUUGGUCAAAUAUGUGUUUGUGUGUACUUGACUGGACUGAGGAUUUAACGAUACUCAUAAUAAUAAUAAUCUUUACCUCCAAUGAUGUCGCCCCCCAGCGUAUACUCGCGUGGGUUUAGGGAGCACUGGGUAAAUCAGGUCCAUUAGUAUGUAUAUAGGAUAUUUAAAUUAUUGUUAUUAUUUUGCCAUAAGUAAGUAUUACUAUCUUUAUGAAUAUUUAUCAUAUCUUGUAUAAUAUGCUAUUUAGGAUACGCAAUAUGCUGAUGUGUGACACUGAACAUGACAAUAUAUAGGUAACUUUUUCAUCGCUGGUUCUCUGGAUGGACCAAUAUAUGGGGUCUUUAAGGUGUAUUAAACAGUACUAUAGUUAGUGUAUCUCUUCCUUAAAGCCACCCUGGGUUAGCAUUUUAUUGUCAUUGGGGAGUCGUAAGCAUGACAAUCAACCUUGGUCCACGUAGAUACAUGUCAGAUGGGUAAUUAUUAUUAUUAUUAAUUAUUAUUAUGAUUGUUGUUAUUAUUAUUAUCAUUAUUAUUAUUAUUAUUAUUAAUAUUAUUAUUAUUAUUAUUAUUAUUAUUAUUGAUAUUUAUCAAAAAUGAUAGGAAAUAAUGUGUACUAAAGCACUGACCCUAGAAGUAUUGUUUAAAACAAGAUCUUGUAAAUCUGAGUGGAAUGUCAUCUUCCUAGCUGACUCCUGUCGUUGGUAGUAUUUUUAGCCCCAAAUUAGGGUGUAUGCACGAAUUGCUCAAAGAUAUUUAUGUCGUUAUUGCCUGUCUUACAUGGCCAAAAAAGAAUUAAUAUGCAUUACUGAUCUGUGUAGUUUAGAUUGGAAUGUCCUUUUUGAGAUUUCUUGUAUAAUUUUUGCAAGAGCCAGCAUUUUAUUUUUGUUAUUAGAAUUACCGUCAUCCCUUGUGGUAAGCACUGUUGGUCUUAUAUUGUUGUACCAGCACUAGAAGCACUUGUGCAUUAUUUGUUUUCAGGCCAGAUACUGAAAUAUGCAGCUCCCUAUGUCCCUCUUCCCGCGACCAAUAAACAACCACAAAUCUUGUAAUGCACACAAAAAGAUGAGUUGAAAAGUUGAAUGCUGUCAUUGAUUUCUUAGUCUGCUAGAUUGAUUCUCAGAGUUAUUUUGUUGUGCGAUUGAAUAAUAAGUGGUUAAAUGAAGACUGUUCAUCCAAGGUCAUGGGAUAUGUCUGUAUCUGCCUCAUUUUCCUAUUUCCCUCCAGUCAUCAACCACUACUACAACAGCUACUACCACUAGUGCAAGGCUCAAGUUGGUGUUGCUAAGCAGUUGCGUUCAUUAUUUUGCAUGACCCUACAUGGUGUAAUGAUGGGUAAAAUGAAUUGUGAUAAGAGGAUUUACUGUACUGCAGCUGUUUGGCAUUUCUAAUAUAAGUUAUUUUGGUGCUCAGUCUUUUUAUUGAUUAUGUCUUUGGAUAUGUUAAGAGCAGUUUUGGAUAUAGGUCAUAUGCCAUUGUUACAUGGAGGUAGAUUUCACAAAAUGGAUAGUAAUGUAUUUGCAUGCAUGCAUAUAGAAUUGUAUGUAUAUAUAUUGUGUGUGCAAGAUUUAUGUACAUGCAUUUAUAUAUACAUAUAUUCAGUCACUUGUAUAUACAUACUCAGACAUUAUUAUGGUGGUGUACAAGUAUGUCAUAAAUAUGUUUGCUUGUAUGUAUACCCAUUAUGCAUAGAAUGGAUAUAAAACCAAGUAUGACUCUUCACUUAAAAAUAUUCUUGAUGGCAUUUGAUGCACAGUUUGACCUAAUUGGUUCAUAUGACCAUGUAAAGGACUUAAAGGUUUGAAAAAGGAUAAUUGUUCCCUCUUUGAAGUAUGUAUAUCUUCCAGCAAAUCUAUCAUAUAACUAUAACAGAAAAUUAUUUGGGACCAAAGAUGGAUUACUCAUUGUAAACUGAUAUUCUGUACUAGUAUUUUUUUCAUACUGAUUCAUUUUUCUCUGCUAGUUUUGUUCUCAAGGUGAAGGGAACCUCUGUGAAACACACUUAAGUCAUCAGGGUUACCAGUGAUAGGCAUUGUAAUAAAGUAUUGUAGUAGGAAAUGAUUCAUUUAUUGGGAGCCAUAUAAUUAUCUGGCCUGGAAUGCUAUGGUUGUGACAGUUUUCUUACUUACUUGUUAUCUGAUAGGAAGCACCAUCUCCAAAGCUUCAUCAUUUGUAGGACGUAGGACAUCAAAAUAAAAAAAAUAAAAAAAAACUUUAUAACAUAUCUAUGUAUCAUAUGCAGUGUAAUUUAAUGAAAAUUUCAGAAUAAUAUUUAAAUGGGGUUACUUUUUAUUAUCAAGUAAUGUCAUGUCCUUUAUGGAAUCACUUUUGACGAGUGAUUGGCAGUUGUCGUCUGCCACUCGCCUCAGUUUCACACCAAUACCCUUAUUAUUAGUACUUCAUUUUAUACUAAUGCCAUAAUGUACCCAAGGGGCUUAAUGGCUUCUGCAGUGAUUGCUAAAUAAAGGAUAUAUUUUGUUUUACAGGAGAAUAUGAUGAUUCAAUACAGGGUUGCAUAUGUUUUGCAUUACAACAACAUUUGGAAUGUAUUUAGAAUUGUUUCAUGAGUUUCAGUGUGAGUGGGAAUUAUAUACUGAAAUUAUCAACUGUAGCAGUAUAUUAUAAGUAACUGUCAUGAAAGAUCUUUGCUCGUAUUUUUAAGCUUUUGAAACUAAAAAAGAAUGAAAAUGGGAAAAUAAGAAAAUGCCAAUGCCAGUAAGUUACCCAAGCAGAAUUUCUUUUCGUGAUUAUAAUGGUUUUCUUCAGGUGUUUUAAUUCAUUUUUGGAUGUUUCAUUCUGUCUUGAUCUCAAUGUAAAUUUAUGGAGGUAGUUGUGUUUCAUGUAGAUGAUUGGAAAUGUUGUUAGAGCUUGUUCUAGAGUGAAAGAAAGUUUUCACAAAUCACUUUGAGGCUGAUGAUAAUUUUAAAGUACUACUUGUUGAUCAAAUGGAUCAACAAACUACGUAUUCCAAAGGCCAAUUUCACUGUCAAGAAUUUUUAUACUGUCUUUUGUAAGUGAUGACCUUAGAGGUUGUAAUCCUUUUUACAGUCUCAAAAUGUGGAUGGUGCCAGUAGUUAGUUUACAGAGGUGUUUUUUAUAUUUUGCACAGAACAUUGUGAUGUACAGGUAGCUCUGUUUAAGUUUAGGUGAACUGUAAAUUGAUGGUUUUUGCCAUGUUCGUGCAGAAAUAGUCAUCGAUAGAAAUUUUUUAAACAACUUUUUUGCCUUCAGUGUGUGCAGUUCAAAUUCCUGGGAUGGGAGGGGGGAAGAUUUUGCUGUGCAGGUUUUUUCCUCAUAGUCAAAAUAGGAUUUGCUACUCUUCAUAUUAUUAGAACUGUAUUUUGGAGAUACACAUUAUCUUUUAUACAAGGAGGAAACAUUAUGCUCAUUUAUGUUAGUGUAAGUUUAGAAAAGAAUGGCAGCUUUAAGUUGUUAUCUGAGCUACUGGAGAUAUGACUCUUCCCUUUACCAAGCUGACCAAUAGAAAGGAAUAUUGUAGUUUUAUUUUGGCAGACUUUGGAAUCCUAAUAUACUUGUCAGUGAAUUUAGACGCAUUACAUUUAAGGGUGUUGCAAUGAUCAUCUUUUUGUCUACUGUUCCUAGUUGGUUGGUUAUUAAUUACGUACAGUGAUUACUAUCUCCUUUCUUCAUUUGAAGGGAAACCCUUGGUGACUUUUGCCCUUUUUGGGUGUUUUGUAGCACUACUGUAGUCUGAAUCUUACCAAUAGUAAGUAAAAGUUUAGUUCAUUUCACUUCAGUUUAAUAUUACAUGCUGGCAUUAUAUGAAUACUACAGGAAUAUUCAGGUCUUUUCUAUGCAGGAGCGGAUAUGACAUUAUUUGAUGGAAAAAGGAAUAUUACUGAUUAGUAGUAUAGCAUAUUUUGCAAUCCAGUACAUUUUACAUUUACACCUGAGAUGGUGCUGCCUCUUUAUUGUCGUUCACUGCACUACGUCACGAGUAUUUCUCUUGUAAGAAGUACAGAUAUCACUGCUCUUUUCCAUAUGCUAACUCAAAUUCACUGCUUUACCGUCCAUUGAAGAUGAACUUCACUAUCAAAGAUAAGAAGAUUCAAAACUUACAAAAAUGGUUUAACGAAAUGUAUUAUUUAUACUGUCUUGGUUUUAAAAGCCACAUGAUGGAAUGAUUUGACUUCAAGUAAGCUUUGCAAAGCUCAUGUAAUUCAAAGAAGUCAUUUAAGUUUAAUUUUCAGCACGCCCAGCUUAUUAUCAUAGUCAUGCUUUCUUUUAUUGUCAAGCAGUAUAUAACCUCAUUAUACCAAAUAACAGAGAUUAGAUUAGAUGCCAUACUUUGGAGCUUAAUUUUUUCUAGUAAUUGCUACCUUUUUCCUCCCCCAGUAGAUAUAUAAAGUAUUAUGGUAAAUACUGUUACUAUGUUGAUGAUAGACCUCUGUAAUGGUCUUCAACUGGUCAGUUUCUUGCAAUCCAUUUCUACAUGUUAAGUCCAUGAGAGAAACAGAUUAAGUCUGAUAUAAUAAAUUGACCCCAUCAUAUUCUGAUGAAGAUGAUGAUAAUUACAAUGAUGUUAAUGAUAUGUGGGAAUUCAAGGUUCAGUAUAUAUUAAUCAUUAAGGGUUUUUAUGUUUGAUAUGAAAGUUUGAAUUUUGUGGAUGAUGUUAAUAAUGUUAAUCUGCUUGCUAGUUCCUUACUACAGUGGCCGCUUUCCCUAUUACACUUACUUGUGGCCUUGUUUGUGAAGUGUCGGUAGCCCUGGGCACAUUGGGAUGUGUGCCGCCUCCUACACUCCAAAACGACAUAGAGUUGCAUAUUGAGGCACUUAGCAGCUGAGUUACCCAUGCUACCUAACACUCACGGGCCCACACAUACAUUGCAGGAUGAGCCUUAUUGCAGAUCUAAUAAGGGAUAUGGCCUGUCACCUUAUAUAUGAUGAUGUAUCGAAAAGGAUACCAAAGAUUUGCUGUUAUUGGUGUCAUGUGUCAUUUUGUGGAUGUAUUGAUUGUUCAUGUCAACCAUUUCUUCUUCUAUUUCCCCUUUUAUAGGAUUUUUGGAUUGUAGGUCUUCCCGCAAAAUACACCAUAUCUGGGGUCGUCUGCCUCCUUCGUUGUUGGCAGGGAAAAUGAUUUAUAUUUACAGGUACAUAUAGGAGAAGAAUUAAAAAUUCAGAGGUGUAAUCGUGUCUUUGGAAAUCUUCCAGUUGUAGUAUAACCUAUUAUACUCAAAAGUUUUGGAGAGUAAUUUUGAUCAUGAAGUGUGUGGCAGUGCACAUCUCCUCCUUAUUGUUUCACUAAACCUUUCUGUAGACGAUAGUAGUUGUGUUUUCUUGUAAUGUAAGCAUUCACUUUAGAUAAUGGCAUUAGUUAUUAUUCCACAGAGUUCUCAAGACUAGCUCUUUCUGGUGUGAUCAGGUAUAAUAUAGACAUUGUACGUCAGACCUUAUAGAUGUACUAUAGUUACACUUCACAAUUUUUGCUGGAUGCUGCAAAUGGGUUGAUGUUCAAGUGAAUCGUUAUCUGCUUGGCAGAUUCUGCUAAUACUGUAUUGAAAUAUAAUACACAAAUAUAGGUAUAAACAGUUCCAAAAUACAUAUCAUUCAUCUUUUAAGAUCUUCAGUGUUUUCAGCGAUAGUAAUCAACCACUGUCACCACUUUUACUCAAUAUAGUUUUAUUAUUUAAGUCAGAUAAGUGUUAUGUGAUUGUAAGGAGAUUAGGAUUGCUUGCCGUUGUCAGGUAUGUAUGGUUACUCUUAUGGACCUGUGUUGGUUUUCUUGUUAUCUGUACUUUGUAUUUUAAGGGAUUUUGAAUAUUUUUUUUCUUUGUAAUAGUUGGUACAGUAUACAUACUUAGAGUACAGUAUAUAUUAGGUAUUAAGUGAUGCCGUAAUCUGCAAAAUUUUAUUUGUUUGUCUAGAUAAGUACUAUAAUGAAAUUUAAAAAUCAAAUAUAUGAUGUAACAUACACAUGUUGAAUGUGGUUCCGAAGAUUGAGGACUUUCUUGUGGGUGUCAAGUUAUACACAUAGAAUGCUAAUUAUUAUUAUUAUUAUUAUUAUUAUUAUUAUUAUGUAUUGCUCUAGGAAUCAUUUCUAUGGUGCACAAAGGGAAGGCAUGCGGGAAGUAUAUAUUUACAAGAUCAGCAUUAGUGAGCCUUUAACAGCAUUGACCUGAGACACAUUUAAAUUAGCAACACAGUUUGAAAGAUCUUAUUGCUAUAGAAGGCCCAAAAUUGCUGUUCCAAGUCCCAUUUAUGCUGCCCGAUGCAUUUUCCAUGUCUUAUUUUUGUCUUAGUUUUGUACUCUUUAAUUUGUUGACUUUUGAAAGUGUGAUAUAUGAAGGUGGAAAGUAAUAUUAUCAUUAGGUUUCCUUGUGCUCCUUGUUAUGAUUUAUACUUUAGUCAUCAUAUUAAUAUGGAUGCAAAUAUUAUUUUAAAUAUUACCAUAAUCAGCAUUUGAUAUUUGACUUUUAGUUGUUGAGAAGAUAGCAGUGUCUAUUUAUAUUACAUUUAAUCGUUUGGAAGUAGGUACUGGAGCGCUUCAAGAGUGCAAAUUGUAGUCUAGGUAUGAUAUUACUUAACACUAGUGUUAGUCGCGUAAUAAUAAAGUCAUUUAUUGCACCCUUUGACUUAUGGUUAGGUGUUAACUCUUAAAUGAAUAUGCAUUCAGUGGAUUUCAGUGGACGCAUUGUAAAGCCAGUUAUGUUUUCCCUCUUAGUUUGUUUUAAGUACUUUUCAAGGCCAGAGAAGAUGACAAGAGAAAAGCCUUCUCUGUUAUUUGUUCGUUCUGUUUGUAUAAUCUUUUUGAGGACAAGCAAUUCAGUUAAUGAUAGAAUAUAACAGUAGUUGCAAAUCUUGUAUACCUAUACUACCCUAUGAAUUAUGAAUUAUAGGAAAAGUCUCAACUUAUUGCUUUGUGCAAGCAUUAUGCAAGGGGAGAGGGCAGAUUUUAUUGUGAUACUUAUCAGUUUUAUUUUAUAAUUAAGUUCUAUUUUUUUUUAUCUUGAUCAACGGAACUUGAUUUCUUUAUAAUGGAAUACGUAGUUGCCUUUCAUCUCCAAUGAUAAUAAAGACUGUGCUUUUUAACACUGAAGAAGCUUUAAAUGAGAAUUGACAUAGUGUCUAACAAGAUUCAGAUUCCUUGAAUCAUAGGGAAUUGUCUGUUGCUUUUAUGUAGAAAUUUAAAGUAAUGUCAUGUACCAAUUUAUAGCUUGUCGGGGAAAAUUUGCCAUAGAUUGCUAAAAUGUUAUAUCAGGGUAUGUUUUGUUGUACAUUACAAUAGAAAAUCAUUUUUUUUAUUGUUAAGAUUGUGUCAUGCUGUUAGGCCAUGUUUCUGUGCCCAUUUUAUCAUGGUGCAUUUUAUUUUCAAUUUCCAUCAGCUGCUGGCUUCUGAUUAAUUUACAUCUUUUAUGUUUAUUUAUUUAUUAAUUUUUAUUUUUGAGAAGCUGUAUUUUAUCUUGAAGAAUGCUAGAUAAUAGUUGAGUCAGUGCAAAUCUGAUUUUUGUGAAAGAACACAGAUGAUUUCUUCCAUGUUUUAUGCAUGUGUACUUUAAUGCAUGGCUAAGGUAUAUUAAUUUUUAGGUAAAAGCUUACACACAUAAAGCUGAUUUGUUGAAGCACAUUUGGAAACCAAUUUUUGGCGUAAUUCAGCUGCGUUCUUUCGACGGUAUAAGUUUUGUUGACCAUUUAGCCAAUAAUGUGUUCAUGGUAGUUACUAUUGGACAAGUAGUUAUUCAAAGGCUUUGUUUCAGUGGUGUGGUAUUCCAAUCUGUGAUUUUUCUCGUGCGGUUUGCAGCUACUGAGGUUGUCGGAGCCAACUUGGCGGACUGGGCAGGCACGUUCUUUAGAUGGGGAUUAGAUGAUGAGGAAUCUAGAUACAACAGGCUAAUGAACACAAUAGUGAUAAUUAUGAUUAAUGAUAAUAAUGAGCAAUUAACCUCUGAAUAUAACAGUUUGGUACAUUAGUCCUGCCUCCCUAAUCCUAAUGGUGUACGCCAGAUUUUGCACUGUCAUUAAGAUGUUUGCAGGCUGCUGUAUUUCAUCGUUUACUGGCCGAGUUCAUGACCUUAUAAUUUGUCUUUCUUUUUCAUUUUCGUACAUAGUGGCAUUUGGUACAAGUCACUGUCUGUGAUUUCCUGUAGUGUAAUGUUUACUUUCGUGCUGACAAAGGCUCUCUCAUGUUUUUCUGUGGCAUUAUGGAUUAUGGAGACUAUUUAUGUAUGGUGUUUGCUUUUUAAUUCAUUUUUGAUGGAUACCAAAUACAAAUUAUUCCUUUCGAGUGGGUACACUUUUUCACUUACAUUUGGCUGUGGAAAUUGCUUUUAUGUAUGGACAAUGUUAUUUUUCCUUACAGUAUAUUUCUAUCUACAAUACAGUGCAUUCUCUUAUAAGAAUCAAAACAUACCAGUAGGUGUAUCUUUAUACAUAUACUGUAGUCAGUAUACAGUAUAUAUCUGUAUAUUUUGAUAUUGGAAAGCAGUAAAUUGUUGAUAGUAUUGAAAUCAGUGGUUUUUACAAGAAUUAGUUUGUUGAGGGAAAAUAAAUUGAUUGCAUGGUUUGCUUUUGCAUCCCAGCAGAACUACCACAGUUACGUACUAUAGUAUAUGAUUUUUAAAACAAGUCACAUACAGCAUACUCAAUCUCCAAUGCUGUUUUUCCCUUGAUAGCACUACGCUCAUUGUUGUAUUAUACCAGUUAUGAGUGAAAUUUGUGGUUUAUCUGAAAGUGAUUUUGAUGGAAAAAUUUUUUGUCUUCCCUUGUGUAGUUAAAUAUUCAAGAAAAAAUUAAGGAGUGCUUACUGUAGAGUAUUUUGUUUUCAAAACAAAAUCUUAUUACGAAAAAAUAAUGCUUAGAACUACUUAAAAGUAACCGACCCAGAAAUCGUUGAUUUGUAGUUUUAUAGUCUUGUAUGUUUUAUAGUCUGGCAGCUAAUACCUUGAGCAAAAUCUAAAUAAUUUUUCCUAUAAAACAUUGUUUUAACAUAUUCUUAUGAAAAAAUUAAUUUAAAUAGUGAUGUUUGUGCUGUCUUCUUACAUACGAGUAAUGUUCACUCCCCCCCUGUACACACACAUUCACUUACAGAUGUUGGUUACUUACUAGAUGCAGCUCUUGAUAUAUAUAUAUAUACACAUACGUAGUUUUUAAGUAGCCUUUUGAUCAAAAUAUUUUUGGGGGUCAUCAUCCUUUUGUGAGAAAGAGUUUUGGAGAGUUUCUUUGUGUAUUUUUGAAAAUUGGAUUUUCAUUCCUUUUAUAUUUUCUUGAAAGUUUAGGCCAGGGAAAGUGUUUAACCAAAAAAUAAUGUUGCCUCAUAAUCAGCAUACAUGUUCAACAGAUGGUUUGACUAUUAAUAAACCACCCGUAUUUAAUGGUAAAAGUGAAAUUAACCUUUUAAUUAUUUAACCACGCACAAAACUACUCCUCUCAUCUUGCCAUAAUGCGUCCCAAUGGUCUGGUUUUGGUUCAUCUCAGGUAGUACAAUAAUCAUAGUUUAUUUAUCCUUGUAAAAUGCAAUGUAUGGAGCCGUGCCAAACUGUUACAACAAAGAUAAUAGAGUUUAUUGAAACCCUUGAACUGCAGCUUGUAAAGCCCCAUUGUAUUAUCAAUGAUGAUAAAAAUAUAAAAAUAAAAAUGUAAACAAAAAAUUUAACCCUGCAGAUAGUAAAUUAUAUGUAGUUUCUAGGCAUUGUGGGACUUUUUUUUUCUCCAUUUUAUAAAACCAGAGGUGUAGUAAAGGAAGGUAGAUUGCAUAGACGAAACACUGCAUCUCAAAUUUAAGUAUUUUAUAGGUGUAAUUUGGGUAUGUUUUGGAAGCAAUUGAAAUACUUGCUGCAUUAUUGUUUAGUUUCAAAUUAUUUUGUUUGAUAUUUUGCCUUAUCAAAGAGAAGACCAAAAGUCUGAGCAGGCUACCUUUUUUCUCCAAUUUUUUUUUUCAAAUAAAUACAGUAACACAUUAUUGGGUUAUCUGGUUGAGUGGAAAAACAUUAUAUUUCCUUGUGCAAUGUAUUCCAUAAUGGUAGGUUUUAGGGUUCUCAUUUGGGUAAUUGAUAUCGUGAUAUAUGCUUUAUAUUGUAGCACUUGGAUGAGGAAUGGUGCUCUGUAAAAAAUAAAGACUGCCAAGUAGAUUAUUGUAGAAUCUUGUCAUAAAUGAGUUACCUUAACUUUCCCUGUAUCAGUGCAUACAGAGUAGUGUAGUUUUCAUAUGCAGUUUUAAUGAAUGCAAUAUAUAUCAUAUAAAUGUUUAUGUCACAUAUUGCAGAUUUCUGGUGUUUGCCCAACAUAGUUAGUUGCUUGGUUACUGGUAGGUCUUCAAUAAUCACAUCUAAUUUUAAGAUUUAACAGUUUUAUUAAGUUUAAAAAAUUUAUGUAAUGUUUUUUACUCAUCCAGUGCUCUUUUAUUUUAUUUUAUUUUUUUCUUUGGGUUAACUUCGAAAUACAUAGCCUGAUUCUGUUUGUCUUUGUGUUGAGUUACUUCUGUUGAUAUAUCUUGUGGCAAAUUCACUCAAGUGAGUCUUAGUUCUUACUGUGUAUUUGAAUCCCAGUGUAAUUUUGAUAGGAUUUUUGGAGUACUAUAAUGAUGCUGAUAUUUUGCAUUGCCAAUCCAGUAGUGCUGGUCAUUUUACAUGUACUAUUAAACUAUGUGAAGAUGGUUAAUUCAUUAUUCAGAUGAACUGUGAUGGAUGUCUCAUAUUUUUGUAGUAUUGUAACCGGUGAUCUUUUUUAAAUUAUGCAAGAUAUGAAAUAUAUUGCAUGAAUUGAUGCUGUGAUUGAACAAUUUAUGGGGGAAAAAAUCUUUGCAACAUCACAUUAGUUUUUAACUGAAAGUGUGUAGGUAAAUUGAAGGGUAUUGAAGAUUUGGCCAUGUUCUCAACAACAAUGAUGAUGAUAGUCAAUUAACCAUUUUCUCUGCUCAUAGAUCCCAAAGACAGUGUACUUAAUGUUGUACUUAAUGGAUAUCAAAAUAGAAAUUGAAUAAAGGUUUAACCGGUGUGUUUUUGAAAUAGAGGAAAUUUUUGUAAUAACAAUUGGUCAGCUGUAGGAUUAAUUUUGUUAAUGUUUAAUAUUCAUGUGCAGUCUCUUAUAAUGUGAUCUGAUAAUGCUGGAUAAAAUCUACAGUGCAUUUUUAUUAUAGCAUGAUGUACCUGGAAUCUUAUAUGAUAUGAUAUGAUAUGAUAAAGUAGAAGAGAAUUGUGGUGAUUUGUCAUCCAAGUUGUAUCUUGUGUCAAUAAAAUUAUUGUGAGUUCCUUAUGAAUAUAUGGUAUGCAUAAGAAUUUACUGUAUGAAGGGGUUGCCUAGGAGUGGAUUGAGUGUUUGGUUUGUGAUAAUUUAACUUUUGGGUGAUGAUGGUAAACAGCUAUUUAAGAUCUUUUAAUUUAAAACAUUGCCAGGUUGUGAAAAUAUAAGGUUAUUGAGUUACAAGUAGUAUGGUAGUUUGUGCACGAUUUGUAUGUCAUCGAUUCUUGCUGAUCAGUUUGGGUUGACUAUUGAGGUCAUGUGUCCUGUCAUCGCAAUAUCUUUUCCCAUUAGAAUGUGAUAGAAAUGUAAGUUAAAUCCGAAUUGUUACUAACAUGAAGACAAAACCGAGUGAAGUAUGUUGCACCUUGACAAGAAAAAACCCUCAAGGUUCAAAUGCUUAUCCCCGUGGUGCAAAUUCUGUAAUUCGAUUGGUAUAGUAGUCUUUCAAGACAGUAUAUUUCAUAUUUGUAUAAAUUCAUCAAUUUUGAUAAAGUGCAUAACAAUCUGACAUUCUAUUUACUGUACCUACAUGUAACCAUCCUUCAGUUUUAUUGUUGAGUUACAAGGGAUAACAAAAUGAUUGAGGGGAUGUAGUUGUUGCAAACUAAUGUUCAGUUUUUCAAUAGGGGUCAUCUGGUAUGUCAUGCUAAGUGACAAUACAGACACUACUGAUUUAAUAUAGUACAUAACAGGGAUUACAGUAUUUUGUUACUUUAUAUUCCAGCAAAUAUAUCAUUGUGGUUAAGGUGUUCAUCACUACUUGAGUGGGUUUUAUCUUUUGAAAGUGUUUCAUGAGCACUGUACAAAUAUGUAUAUUGUUUAAUUGCAUUUUUAAGAGUUUUAAGAAUUUGGUCACACAAUCACCCAAUUAACAAAGGCAUAUAGUGUAACAGAUGCAAUGUUAAUCACUGUGUCGCGUUAGAUGCCAAGUACACAUACUGUAAUGAUAUCAAUAACUAUUUGUAAGUUGUUUACCAAAUUUUAUCGAAGAAUAUAAACCAUUGAACUACUGUGAGCCUGCAAGGGACAGUGUAAGUCUGGCGUGAUACUGUAAAUGCCCUCGAGUCCCCGGAAGGGCGUGGCCUUUGCUGAGCUGAGCAAAAUAAACCAGUGUAGCAGUCA